AUGACCACGAAAGCACCAUCCGGCUGGGCAGCCAGUUCGACUCAAUGGAUCAAGUUUACUCUUACUACCGUUCUGCAUCGCUACCGGAAUCUCCAUGUCUAUGGAAAAAUUUUUAUAUGGCUUUUGAUGCUCUUCUACCUAUGCUUAGGUGCAUUCAUCAUUGUAGUUUCUCCCAACCGAAUCGCGCAGGUCUUGUAUGACCAAGCCUCGAGGCUUUCUCACAUGAGGCUGGGCUGGCUCAUCCUCACUGGGGCAAUCGUUGCCGUGUCUUUUCCCCCGCUUAUUGGUCAUUCGACCCUUCUUACGCUUUGUGGCUUCGCGUUCGGUAUUAAGGGCUUCGCUAUUGGAGCUGGCGCUUCGGUCGUUGGUUCGGCUCUUAUCUUCGUCUUUUUACGGCUAUGCUUUAGUUCUCACCUGCGCAAAUGGUCCUCUCACAACGAGAAAUGGAAGGCCCUGGAAUCCGUCGUACGCACAAAGGGACUUCCGCUUAUUAUCCUCAUUCGCGUUUCCCCCUUCCCCCCUUGGGUCUAUUCUAAUUCUCUGUUUGCAUCAAUCGAAGCAGUGUCUCUGUGGCAAUUUGUCGUCGCUACGUGCUUCAUCUUCCCCAAGAUCCUUUUGCUUGUUGUUAUCGGCUCUCGUAUGGCUGCGCUUUCCGAUGGCGAUAGCAGGAGCCAUAUGGACACACACACCAAAGUCAUGAAUGGAUUGCUCAUAGGUGGGGGGAUCAUCAUCGCUAUUUUUACUAGCUGGCUUGUGUACACUCUUGUUCAGAAUCACAUCCGACAACUGGAGGAUAUAUCUCCGGAAGUCGAUCGGAUGGCAGCGGAGGCUCUAGAGGAAUAUGAUGAGGAUGCGGCGCUUUUACGUCCUAAUGAGGCAGACGACCAGGUGUAA